AUCUCGGUUCUCUUGGAAUGCUGCGACUCUGGUCCGCAGAAAAGGGAUCGCAUCAGAUGAUCCUGUGGUGUUUCGUUAUUUCUGGUAUUCGUGGUCAGCGCCGAUGCAGAGAGGCCAGUGACAGCAGUAAGUUGGAGCAUGUGGUUGAAUCAGUAAGGAUGAACCAGGCAGUGGUAGACAGGAUGGUGAUCCAUGAGGAGACGACAAAGCAAUGCACUAUACGGCUUUAUCAUACGCCAUAUCAAUGAGAUCGGUCGCAUGAUCACUUGGAUCAGAGAGCGUCCGCGUGUGUUGAUGCAGCAAUGUGUAUUGAUCCACUGACUGCGUUUUGUUGUCGUUCGAUGG